AUGUCCACCUAUCCUGAAGAACGCGUUCUCAAGCCUCUCGAUCCCGUACCGGAAGAUGUUAACGACUGGCCGGACUUUGCUUUGCGCGAAGCCAAGAUCUUCCAUCAGGGAAAAGGCCGAUAUGCAGACUUAUUGCAGGCUUCGGAGAAGACGCCUUUGUGUGUGCUUGGGGAGUUAAUGCCUUUAGAUGAUGAGCAAGAACACCUUGCAUUGAUUGACGAUCCGCUUUACGUCCGAAUCAAGAUUGAAAACGUGACGAAUUACAGCUUCGGACAGGAUGACAGCGGCAAGCCGGUUAUCUGGGCCGCAGGAAAGGCAGGAUGGUACGAAAUUUCACCUUCAGAUCGUUACCUCAGCCAUUACAACGAUACACUGGAGGCCAUCGAUCUGUUCUACUUUAUGGUCGACAAGCACCAGAAGCUGCCUCCGAAACGACAGAGAUACGGAUUUAUGAUAGAUCCUUUCCUGAGGGAUUAUCAAAAGCACACAGGGUACAGAAUUGAUGACGACGACGACGCCAUGGAAACGAUUCACAAACACCACAGCUUCCUUCUCCGGCAGAUGAUCGAGGAACGGGAGGGUAUCGAUUGGUCGCAGACAUAUCUGUGGAAGCACUUGGCGGAGACAUACGCAGAUGAAGUGGAAGAAUUACGGUUAGCAUUGGGCCGAGUCACGCAGAAUGGGGCCGACUCAGAAGACUCGACUGAGGAAGAACAAGAAGCAUCAGCCACAUCGUCAGAAUCAGAGGAAGAUGCGCAAGGGUCCAGCGACUCUGACAAAGCAUCUGAAGUCGCAUCGGCUACGGCCUCGAUUUCCCGGUCCGAGCCUGGGGCCGAAUCUGAACGAGAACCCGAACCACAGCCUAUUGAUUGGACGAAGACGAUAUGGGAUAUGCUCAAUGUAUUACGAAAAUCAGCAAACUUCAAUAUGCGCCAUUGCGGUAUCGAAGAAGCAGCAAGUCAGCUACAAAAGCUACCUUCCUUUGAGGGGACACAUGAGGAUGCGGUAGCGGCUUUUGAGCGGUCCGCUGAAGAGCUACUGAGAUUAAUGAACGAGGCUAAGCUUCGAAAGAAGUUUAAUUGGUCCACUCGGAGGAUAUAUGACGAGCUGGAAGCCACGUUGGCGGAGGAAGUGGCUGGCGAGGUCAUGAAAACUCCGGGAAAGCCCAAACAGCAGAGACAUCGCAUGAAGUCCGUUCUCCGACCAAGCGGCGCCACCAAAUCCCACAAGCGCGCAAGAGGGGCAGCAGAUUCACUGGAUGAAGACGAAGAAAUGAGCGACCUCCCAGUAACAUCUCCAAUGGCUCGACGCCAGGGCCCUCAAUCUCCUAGUCGACUGGCAGAAGUUGACGCGGAGUCGGUGGGAAGCCGCGAAGACAGUCCGAGCCGGCAACUCAAUGGUUACCUGAAUACAGAGGCCGACCCUGACGCAUUGCCCGAACUACCGCCUGCACCAGAAACGCAGGAGAUGCUCGACCUGGUGACUCAAGAGGCGAAGCGAGUCGGGAGACAACACCAGACAUCACACCUGCAGGCAUUCCUGGGCCAGUGGGGUGAUUUGCUCGGGUCAUGA